AUGCCACUAUCUAAUGAUGAUAUUCAUGCGUUGGCACCACGGUACACACAAUUAAAGUACCUUGCUCGUGGAUCGUACGGCACAGUAUGGCGAGCGGUCGACACCCAAACUAAACAGAAUGUGGCAAUCAAAAGGAUAUCGUGUAUGGAUCAACAUAUGAAACGUUUCAUCUUAGAAACAGAUGAACUCAUUCAUAUAUUAUAUCAGCGAUUACUACGAGAGAUUAAAAUACUCACACAUUUCAGCCACGAAAACAUUGUAGACAUCAAAGACUUGAGGUACAAAUCCGGUAACACCAUCCCUAUCGAGCACGUAUACAUUGUGCAAAGCCCUAUGCAAUUUAAUUUAGCCACGAUGUUGAGUAUGACAAAGCUAUCCAAUGACCAAAUAGCAUUUUUCACUUAUCAAAUACUACGUGCGUUAAAGUACAUACACUCGGCCAAUGUGUUGCAUCGGGACAUUAAACCGGCAAACAUUUUAGUCAACAACAACGGUGACCUUAAACUAUGUGAGUUUGAUUUAGCACGGGUGUCUGAUCCCCAGUACGACCAUAAUGGCGUUCAUACAGUGUACGUGACUACCCGAUGGUACAGAGCUCCUGAAGUUAUGCUGACCCAGAGUUGCUAUAAUAAUUCGAUAGACGUAUGGUCUGUGGGUUGUGUGUUCGCCGAAAUGUUGUCCGGUGAACCACUAUUUCCUGGUCAACAUUAUUACCAACAGGUUAAUUGCAUAUUAGAUGUCCUGGGUGGCGAUCUAGAUGUGAGCUGGAUCACUAACGAAUAUAUACGUGCUAUGAUAAUCUCGCGACCAGUAAAAGAUCAAGUUGAUUGGGCACAACGAUUUCUUAAGGCUAACCCCCAAGCCCUGGAACUAUUGGACCGUUUGUUAACAUUUAACCCUAAUUUACGCAUUAGUGUUGACGAGGCGUUGACGGACACAUACUUCGAGCUGUACUACAACCCUAACAACCUACGGGUGGCCGAACAUCCACUGACAAUCGCUGAGGAGGUUGAUGAUCAUCUGUCGACUGAUCAGUUAUCUCAAAUGAUUAUCAAUCGAAUUAAUGUGUUUAAUGCAAUACCUUAA